CAGUAAUUGUUUUAUUUUUUAUUUUAUCUCUCAGCUCUGGAUGUUUUAAAGCAGAUGAAAACUGCAACUUUAACAUUUAAGGAGCUUAAUCAAAGCGCUGUGGUGCACUUUCUGCUGGGUGACACAGAACCAGAACCACUAAAGCCAGAACUCUCAGAGGAUAAGAAGGAACUGGACAUGCCUGAGGUGGACAUGAUUGUCAUUAGUUUAGACAGAUGGCAUAAGGAAGUUCAGACUGAGCUCCUGAAGAGGAUGGGUAAAUACCAGGCUGGAAAAAAACUGUCAUUUCAAGGAUCUUUAGCUGAAGCUGAGAGAUUCUACAGAGAGGUUUGUGAAAUUGUUGGAGGACCUAAAGCUGAGAUAAAUACUGGUGCAGUAAGAAAUGAUACUGGGACCAGUGGAGCUUUACCUGCUUUUAUCACCCCCCUCCAUCAGUACUGCUACUUCAGCCACGCCUACAAAAAGGAAAUCAACCAAAUCCAGGACAAGUUUGGUGUAAAAAUAGAUGCAGAGGUUUCAGUUUCAGUUACUGCUGAUGAUCAGACCAGACCUGAUUCUGUGAGAAAAGCAAGUGAUGAACUGAUGGACCUCUACCAGACCAGUACAACCAGUCUACAGUCUGUAUCCAUCCUUCAAACACAACUGGAUUCUAAGAUUGUUAAAGAUUUGGUGCAUAAUAUCCAGCCAGACCAGGCUAAGAUAGCCUUAAUGAUGUCAGCAGAUGGUUGUGUUCUCUCAGGGCCAAAAAAUACCAUAUCAGAAGUCCAGAGUCGACUGAAUUCAGAGGACAGUGGAGAGGUUGCAUCUCGACAGAUGUCUAAAACCUCAAAACUGAGGUUUGAUCCAAUCCUAAUGAGCGACACGCGCUGGAGACUGAUGAAGAAGAGGUUUGAGAAACAGCUGCUUGAUAUUGAACAGAAAUAUGGAGUUCAGUUUUGUGAUGAACGUUCGCACGAUUGUCACACUAAAGUGACAAUACAGUCCAGAGAUAAUCAACCUGUCAAUCAGGAAAGCCACGCCCUCAGAGCCUUCAUGCAGCUCUACCUAGAGGUUGUCCUGUCUGCAGUGAGUGUCUUUGACCAGGAGAGCACUGUGGUGGAAGCUCAGGAGAGACAACCAACCAGGGCUGAAACCAAAAGCAUGGACAGAGAGCCUUGGUUUGAUGACGUAAAAAAGACACAAAUUAAAACAAAAUAUUUACUCCACCCAAAACAAUGGGCCCUGAAUGCAACUCGGCCGAGAUCAAAGUCUUCCCCAAAAACUGUAGAGAAGACAAGAGAUGAUCUGAGACAAGUAGUCAGUAUGAACUCUGAACAGAAAGACAGUGAUAAAAGCAAAUAUGAUGAUGAAUGUCCAAUCUGCAUCAAUAAAUGUACUGACCAGGUGAAACUGAAGUGUGGUCAUGGUUUCUGCAGAGACUGUCUGAAAAUGUCCAUAAAGAUAUUUGGGGAAAUGUGUCCGGUGUGUAAGAAAAUCUACGGGAAAGUGAAAGGAAACCAGCCUCAAGGGACGAUGAGUUGCAGAACACAUAGAUAUGAUCUCCCAGGUUAUUAUGGGUGUGGCACCAUUGAGAUUUAUUACGACAUUCCAGGUGGAAAGCAAACGGAUGAGCACCCAAACCCUGGACAGCCCUACAGCGGAGCACGGCGUCAGGCUUACCUGCCCAACAAUACAGAAGGAAAGGAGGUUCUGCAGCUACUCCAGAGAGCUUUUGAUCAGAGACUGAUUUUUACUGUUGGGACGUCCAUGUUCACCGGCGCAAAUAACACCAUCACCUGGAACGGCAUUCACCAUAAGACCAGCAUGACCGGAGGCCCACAGAAAUAA